UAUAUAUAUUACUUAGCCCGCGAGAAUAGAGCCGAGCAGUCCGACCGUACUUUGAGCGCAUGCUCGCGCUUCUUUGUUGUAUUACAUAUUUUUACUAAAAUCGUUUCACUGUGGCAAAACACGUUUAUCUUAUUUCUCUAUUACAAUUUGAAAAUGGUGUUGGAGCAUUUUUGAUCGCCUAAAAUCACAUUACUGAGAGAAAUAGAGAGGGAGAAAGAGAGAGAGUAAUAUAAACUAUAAAAUUUUCAGCAUUGUCAGUGAAUAUCAGAGCCAGAAUAGGACUAUUGGAGUUUGUAGGUUAAUAUCUACGAUGAUUGAUGUGUGAAAUCUUUAAAUCGAGAUGGAUAAUUAGACAUGAAACUAUUUAAAUCGAAAUUAAAUGGAUUUUAGGAUUUAUAAUCGAAAUUGUUCAAUACAAAAAAGUUAGUUUAGUGUUUGGUUCUCCCCCUUUAUUUCGUUAUUUUCAAUUUCUACAAGUGAUUAUCAGCCUAAAAUGACGAGGAAAAGAAAAAGACAGGAUUUUAACAGUGAACAAUGUAACUCAAAUUUAAUUAUGUUAGAGGAUGAUUCAUUAAACAAUGUCAGGAAAAGUUUGAAGGGACCCAUGAGUCUCAUAGACUCUUCUGUGAGCAAAAAUAAAAACAAAUAUAUCACACCUAAAUCCUUGCGGAAAAAGAGAAUGCGAGAAUCUAAAAGAUCUCAAAACAGUAAAAAAUCGCUACAAAAUAGUGUAAUUAUUAUAAACGACAGUGGAAUUGACAAUGAAAUUGAUUCAAAUGACAAUGAUAAUGCAGACCAUUCAGUUAUGAUUGUUGAAUGCAGCUCAAACACAAGUAAAACACCUGUACAACAAUCAUGUAUACAACAAAGGAAAGGAUUGGUGUGCUCUUUAAAGCAAAGGAGGAGGUCGAGCAGGAUAUUAAAUAUGUCAAGGCAGACAGACAAGGCAGAUAAUUCAGUUAUCAGUGUGAAAUGUAACCCAAAAGCAAGAACGCCUUUAAAGCUACCAUAUUUCCUUAGAAACAGCGAAGAAAAACGAAGACGGCUAGAAAGACAGCAAACAAAACAAUUGAAGAAUAUUUCAAUACGAAGGACAAGAUCCAGUGUGAUAUUACUAGAUAGCGACUCAUCUUCUUCAGACAUAGAAAACUCCUCUUUGAAAGAAAAAGAUACGAAUGGGGAGAAUAUAGCACCAUCGCAAACAAAGGAUGAUAUUGUGGAAUUAUGGUCAUGUCUGGAUAAAUCUUCCAACAAAUUAAACAAGGAAAUGCCUAAAGAAUGUCAGGUUGAUCAGACAAACAAGGAAACGCCUAAAGAAUGUCAGGUUGAUCAGACAAACAAGGAAACGCCUAAAGAAUGUCAGGUUGAUCAGACAAAAGAGAACAAUAUUUAUAUAAUUGAUAAAACACCAAACUGGGAGAAUCUUGAAUAUUUAAGAAUCACAAAUCCCAAAUGUGAAGAACAAGAGAAAGAGCAACAGUGCUUUCAGACUAAAUAUAAUAAAUAUCAGAAAAAUGAAAAGGAGGAAGAAUCACAUAAAAAGGGGGAACUGAGAGAGAUAAUUGUCGAUGGCUGUAAUGUAGCAAUGGCUCAUACGAAUGGCAAAUUCUUUUCGGAAAAAGGCAUAAAAUUGAUGAUAGAUUACUUUCGAUCGAGAGGCCACGUUGUAAAAGUCUUUCUACCCCAGCACGUUCGACGAAAAAAUUUGCAGCUUCUCGAGAAAAUGUAUAAAGAGGGCAUAGUCAUCUUUACACCGAGUCGCAAUAUCGGUGGCAGAUGGAUUACGUCCUAUGACGAUCGGUACAUCCUGGAGUACGCAACUAAAUGUGGAGGAAUAGUUAUUUCCGCGGAUCAGUAUAGAGACCUAUAUAGAAUCGAGCCUAAGUGGCGCGAUACGAUCAUUAAUCGCUUGCUAACGCCUACAUAUGUCGGCGAUUGCAUUAUGUUCCCGAAUGAUCCUCUAGCGCAUACUCGAAUAAUUCCUUCAUUUCCGUUUAUUUUCUCUUUGCUACACACACCUUUCAUAUAUAUCUCAAUUCAAAGAGUUGAGCAAAAGAAAAAUGGUAAAACUUUUCUUUUUUUUUUUCUAAGAUUUUUGCAACUGCAUUUAUCGAAAUUUGUACAAUUGAAAAGUACAUUGAAACUGUGGAAACUGUGUGUUUCAAUAUUUAAUUGCAAAGGAUCACAGAUGUGUAAAUAUUUCAAAUUCUAGGUAUUCUUUGUGUUCGAUUGUAAGUCUCAUUCCUUGAUCAUUAAAAUAUCCAAUAAUAAUAAGUGUUUUGCUAUAAAUUCUCGAGAAAUUGAUUGAAAGGCCGAAUUCUACACGUCUUAAACGUAACAUAUAGUAAAUAAAAUUGUGUAUGUACAAACAGUGUGAGAUUGGUAAGUAAUAUAUGU